UCAAGCCCCCUUUUUGAUCAGCUUGUUUUUGUUUUUUUUUUUUGGCAAUACUCUUUUGCAUAAUCUUCGCAUGAGUUGCCAGUUAAGAGCCGGUCAAUAGGUUGAUGCGAGUACGGACAUUUAUAUAAAAUGGGGGUUCCUCUGAGCGGCGGUCAGUUUAUCAGACAUUAUCAAGACAAACAAAUCAUUUUCUUUUGCCAUGCGUCUAACAAUUUUAUUUGCGAUAAGCUUAACCCUGGUCAUGGUCGCUAGUAAACCUCUCUCAUCAUCACAGCAGACCUCGAAAGAAAAACAGCAAGAACUCUACAAGCAAUGGCCAGGCGUGGAAGAUGAACGAUUUGCCGAUGCAGAAGUGGAUAACGCCUAUGAGCUGUACAAGGAGAAAACAAGAAAGCCAAACAUUCUACAAAAUUCACAUAAAGACAAGCCAUAGUAGUUCAGCUCACCAAAGUUGACGAAUGGUUUGCUGUGCUUCAUUGUGUUCAAGCAUAUACGGGUCUAUAGGCGAUAUAGUAUAGUAGUAUAGUUUUAAUUCGGUAUGGUAUUAGUA